UACAUAAAUAAUUUAAAAUUUUUUUUAAAUUGUAGGAAACGUUUCCUAAAACUUAAGUCAGCAAAAGCUUAACAUCUGUAAAUCCAAAAUGUAUCUCUCUAAAUCAGUUCCAUAUACCCCGGCUUCUCCAAAUAAUUGGAAUGUUUUCCAGCUUCAUGUGAUAUAUGUGUUGGGCAUUUCCGUGGCGUUGAUGGUCUCAUUGGCGGUUGUAAAGUAUUUGCAAUUUUUUUUCAAUGAUGGUGGUCAGAGGAUUUCAUUACAGCGGCCGGUUUCUGAGAUCACUAAUCCUGCAACUAAUCCUUUUCGUUACGUGCUGCAACGCAAUUUGACGCUUACCCAUGGACACAGUGCAAUGCCGUACAACUCUCUGGGUUUCUUUAGGAAUAUAACUGAUAUCCCUUGGUGUCGUUUAACUUGGAGGUAUUACAGACGUGCUGAACAAAUUCGAUAUUUUAUCUAAAUUCAAAUUCUCAAGCUUUCAACGCAGUGUUGGUGUACUUUUUUUUUUUUUGAAUUGACAGCGUCAAUGCUUUUCAACACUUAAGUGUUAGCUGUGCUUAUGUGUUUCUAUUUUAGUUAAAAUCAUUUGUAUAUUAAGGCGAACAAAAAGUAUAUUUCGUACAAUGUUUGAAUAAAAAAUCGCAUUGUAAUUUUAA